UAAAUGCCUACUUCUUGCUUCUUGAACUGACCCCUCAUCUCUCUGAUCCGCAAUAUCAUUCCAACGUUUCUCGAUUCCCCGAUAACCUCGUCCUUUCAUCCGUUUUCAAUAUACGAUCAGUCCUUACUACACGACAGUCACUCAACAUCAUGCAGCUCCUUAUCAUCCUCCUAGCGGCACUGGUGGCGACCGCCCCGACCUCUAUGCAGAUUAGUGAGUUAUCUUGUACACUUCCCAUUGUUUGGGGUGCUUUUGCUGAGUCAGCGCGAAGCAACUGUAGAUCUAUCGCGGGAAUCCAUGGUGGCUCGCGCGAGCAUCAUGCACCCCACACCUACCGGAGCCCCCGAGAGUCAGCACAUGUCAGACAGAAACGUGCUUCGUAUACCAUUCGAUUCAUACCGACCCAUAAUCCCGAAGCGCAUCCCCCAGGACUUGCCUUACACCUUGGCCGAAGCCAGUGUCAAAAAGAUAGGCGUUGGCGAGCUGACAGGAGCCGCACUCUACAAUGUUACUACAGAUGCAUUAAACUAUAUUUGUCCUGGUUUUCUGAGCGGGUGUGUCAACAACAGAAAGUUCGUCGUCCCGGGCAUUAAAUUCAAGACAGGGAACGGACAGGUCGAGAACACUGGAAGUAUCGAAAUUACUGCCAGUGCCGAGAUGGGCCCUUCACCUUCAUCUCGCCAGAAGAUGGACUUCAUUCACGUUGUUGCUUCUGUUCUGGCCAAACAAUCCGAAGACGAGACAGGCUGCGAGCGGGUUGAGACGCCUUGCCACACCCAUGACUGCCUUCAUAACAUUUCGGUAGCGACGCUACUUUGUAGUGCUUCAACUGUCGUGUCUGUGCACCCUGAGAAUAACCCCUCCAGGUCGAUUCAAAUAUUUCGACCUUCUCGCAUUGGUCUAGGUCAGACACGAUAAUUAUC